AUGAUCAAAGCACAACCAACGAGAAAAACAACGGGGGGAGCCACUACUGCAGCAUCUGAAUUAACCACUGAGACAGAAACAUCGGCUCCCACAACAACAGCAGCCCUGACAACAUCUGCAGCAAGUGAAAUAUCAACACCUGAUGGGGUGGCAACUGGGGCAGGAACUACUGAAACAACAGCUGGAGCCACUACUGCAGCUUCCGAAACAACCACUGAGCCAGAAACAUUGGCUCCCACAACAGCAGCAGCCCUGACAAUAUCUGCAACAAGUGAAAUAUCAACACCUGAUGGGGUGGCAACUGGGGCAGGAACUACUGAAACAAUAGCUGUAGCCACUACUGCAGCUCCUGAAACAACCACUGAGCCAGAAACAUCAGCUCCCACAACAGCAGCAGCCCUGACCACAUCGACAGACAGAAGUGAAACAUUAACACCUACUGGAGUGACAACAGAGGAAGCUAUUUCUGUAACAACAGCUCGAGUAACUACUGCAGCAUCUGAAACAACCACUGAGACAGAAACAUCAUCUCCCACAACAACAGCAGCCCUGAUGACAUCUGCAGCAACAAGUGAAAUAUCGACGCCUGAUGGGGUGGCAACUGGGGCAGGAACUACUGAAACAACAGUUGGAGCCACGACUGCAGCAGUGACAACACCUGCAGAAACAAUAACAUCUGCUGCAACAACAGCAGCAGAAACAAUAACAGCUGCCGCAACAACAACAGUGACGACACCCGAUGAAACAACGACAGCUGCCACAAUCAUACACUUUACCACAACAGCAGACAGGACACCUGCAGAAACAACAACUCCUGCUGCAACAACAGUUGCCACAACAAUAGGCUCUUCUACAAUGGCAGUUAUGACAUCUAUGGAAACAACAACAGCAGGAACAACAACAGUUGACACGACAGCAGUGCUCACAACAACUGCAGGAACAACAACAGCCGAAGUGGCAACACCUGUCAAAACAACAGUUGCCACAACAAUAGACUUUACAACAAUGGCAGUCACGACACCUGCAGAAAGAACAACAGACACGAUUGCCACAAUUGCCAAACGAGUGACUUUCAGAUCUCUUCAAAGCACCUUUACAAGUGAUUUGCAGGAUCCUAACUCUGCAGCUUACCAAAACAGAGCAGCCAUGAUCAAGGCACAACUUACACCGAUAUUUUCUGAAGCAUUUCCUUCCUCCUUCGUGAUCCUGAUUAUCAUCACAUUCAGGAGUGGCUCAGUCGUCAACGUCAUGGAUGUUGAGUUCACAGAAACAUCGACACCAAGUGACACCCAAAUUGCGGAGGUCUUGUCCGAUGCGGCUUCAACUGUCACUGGCUUUGACAUUGAAACUGCCUCCAUUACUGUUGAGUCAACAGCCAUAGCUGCGUCAACGACACAAUCUGCUGGAACGGCAAUCGCUGCUUUGACAACCACAGAAGCAACUACACCAAUGACGACAGCUACUCAGACAGCUGAACAAACCUCUCCAACGACAACGGUGGUGGUGACUUCUGCACCAACAAAUGCGAACACUGAUCCCACAUCAGUCGCAACAACAAUGGGCAUGCUGACAACCCCUUCUCAGACAACAACUGAUGGAACUGCACUGACAUCUACCGAUGUGACAACUGCCGUUGCCACAACAAGGGAGUCAACAACUCUUGUUGAAACAACUCAAGAAAAAUCUGCUCUCUCAACAACAUCAGGACUGUCAACAACCGUUGAGACAACUGCACAAACAUCAGCUCCCACAACAACUGCAGCGUUGACGUCUGCCAUCACAAGUGAAACAUUAACGCCUGCUGAAGUGUCAACGGGGGGAGCAAGUGCUGAAACAACAGCUGUAGCCAAAACUACAGAAUCUGAGACAAGACAGAACACUGUGGAAACAUCGGCUCCCACAACUACAGCAGCCCUGACAACAUCUGCAGCCACAGGUGAAACAUUAACACCUGCUGGAGUGGCAACAGAGGAAGCUACUGCUGAAACAACAGCUGUAGCCACGACCGCAGAAUCUGAAACAACCACUCAGACAAAAACAUCGACUCCCACAACAGCAGCAGCCCUGACAACAUCUGCAGCCACAAGUGAAAUAUCAACGCCUGAUGGUGCUGCAACUGGGGCAGGAACUACUGAAAUAACAGCUGUAGCUACGACCGCAGAACCUGAAACAACCACUGAGACAGAAACAUCGGCUCCCCCAACAACAGAAGCCCAGACAACAUCUGCAGCAACAACAGCCCUGACGACAUCUGCAGGAUUAAGUGAAACGUUAACACCUGCUGGAGUGGCAACAGAGGAAGCUACUACUGAAACAACAGCUGUCGCCACGACAGCAGAAUCUGAAACAACCACUGAGAGUGAAACAUCGGCUCCCCAAACAACAGCAGCCCUGACGACAUCUGCAGCCACAAGUGAAACGUUAUCACCUGCUGGAGUGGCAACAGAGGAAGCUACUACUGAAACAACAGCUGUCGCCACGACAGCAGAAUCUGAAACAACCACUGAGAGUGAAACAUUGGCUCCCAAAACUACAGCAACCCUGACGACAUCUGCAGCCACAGGUGAAACAUUAACACCUGCUGGAGUGGCAGAGGGAACUACGACUGAAACAACAGCCGUAGCCACGACCGCAGAACCUGAAACAACCACUGAGACAGAAACAUCGGCUCCCCCAACAAUAGCGGCCCUGACAACAUCUGGAGCAACAAGUGAAACAUCAACACCUGAUGGGGUGGCAACUGGGGCAGGAGCGACUGAAACAACAGCUGGAGCCACGACUGCAGAAUCUGAAACAACCACUGAGAGUGAAACAUCAGCUCCCCCAACAACAGCAACCCUGACAACAUCUGCAGCCACAAGUGAAACGUUAACCCCCUUUGGAGUGGAGACAGAGGAAGCUACUCCUGAAACAACAGCUGUAGCCACGACCGCAGAAGCUGAAACAACCACUGAGACAGAAACAUCGGCUCCCACAUCAACAGAAGCCCUGACAACAUCUGCAGCAACAAGUGAAACAUCAACACCUGAUGGGGAGGCAACCGGGGCAGGAACUACUGGAACAACAGCUGGAGCCACGACUACAGAAUCAGAAACAACCACUGCAACAGAAACAUCAGCUCCCCCAACGACAGAAGCCCUGACAACAUCUACAGACACAAGUGAAACAUUAACACCUGCUGGAGUGACAACAAAGGAAGCUACGACUGAAACAACCGCUGGCGCCACAACCGCAGAAUCUGAAACAACCACUGAGACAGAAACAUCGGCUCCCACAACAACAGCAGCACUGACAACAUCUGCAGCAACAAGUGAAACAUCAACGCUUGAUGAAGUGGCAACUGGGGCAGAAACUCCUGAAACAACAGCUGGAGCCACGACUGCAGAAUCUGAAACAACCACUGAGACAGAAACAUCGGCUCCCACAACAACAGCAGCCCUGACAACAUCUGCAGCAACGAGUGAAACAUUAACACCUGCUGGAGUGACAACAGAGGAAGUUACGACUGAAACAACAGCUCUAGCCACUAGUGCAGCAUCUCAAUUAACCACUGAGACAGAAACAUCAGCUCCCACCACAACAGCAGCCCUGACAUCUGCAGCAACGAGUGAAAUAUCAACGCCUGAUGGGGUGGCAACUGGGGCAGGAACUCCUGAAACAACAGCUGGAGCCAUGACUGCAGAAUCUGAAACAACCACUGAGAGAGAAACAUCGGCUCCCACAACAGCAGCCUUGACAACAUCUGGAGCAACAAGUGAAACAUCAACGCCUGAUGGGGUGGCAACUGGGGCAGGAACUACUGAAACAACAGCUCCAGCCACGACCGCAGAAUCUGAAACAACAACUGUGACAGAAACUUCAGCUCCCACAACAACACAAGCGCUGACAACAUCUACAGACACAAGUGAAACAUUAACACUUGCUGGAGUGACAACAGAGGAAGCUACGACUGAAACAACAGCUCUCGUCACGACCGCAGAAUCUGAAACAACCACCGAGACAGAAACAUCGGCUCCCACAACAGCAGCAGCACUGACAACAUCUGCAGCAACAAGUGAAACAUCAACGCUUGAUGAAGUGGCAACUGGGGCAGAAACUCCUGAAACAACAGCUGGAGCCACGACUGCAGAAUCUGAAACAACCACUGCGACAGAAACAUCAGCAAGCACAACAACAGAAGCCCUGACAACAUCUGCAGCAACGAGUGAAACAUUAACACCUGCUGGAGUGACAACAGAGGAAGCUACUCCUGAAACAACAGCUGGAGCCACGACCGCAGAACCUGAAACAACCACUGAGACAGAAAAAUCGGCUCCAACAACAGCAGCCUUGACAACAUCUGGAGCAACAAGUGAAACAUCAACACCUGAUGGGGUGGCAACUGCGGCUGGAACUACUGAAACAACAGCUCUAGCCACGACCGCAGAAUCCGAAACAACUACCGAGACAGAAACAUCGGCUCCCACAACAGCAGCAGCCCUGACAACAUACGACCGCAGAACCUGA